AUGCUGUCGCUCGCCCGUCUCUCGCUUGUUCUCCUGCUCUGCAUCGACGCGACAUUCGCCUGGCCUGAAGGACCGCAAGCACGGAGGCUCGUCGUCGACCUCGAGAAGCGGUCGACUGUAAGGCUGCCGUUUGUCCAGCGGAUUUCGUCGAGCAAGGCGGCGGCGUCUUCGUUGGCGGCGGCUGCUUCUUCCUCUACCAAGACGACUGCACUCACGACAACGACGACGAGCUCUCCUACGACGACGCCACCUCCUCAGACGACUUCUAGCCGGACAACGACGUCUUCCGUGGCUCCGUCGACGACUUCCACACCCUCGACGACGUCUCGAGCUUCAACGACGACCGCACCCCCUUCUACGACCACUACCACAACAACGAGUACGACGACCACACCUGCUUGCGCGGCGACUUACCGCGGGGGGCCUUUCACCAUCUCUGGAACGGGAACCCUCCCCAAACCUACAACUUUCGUUAAGCGCAGUGGACAGCAACUCACCCUCAACGGCGGAAACUUCCGAAUUGCGGGACCGAACAUCUACUGGCUGUGCCAGGACGAGAACUCGGGACCUGCAUGGGGUUACUGGACCGACAAAGGCCGCGUCCGCGAAGCCCUCGCCAUCGCCGUCGCCAUGGGCGCCAACACCGUCCGCCUCAUGUCGUGCGGCGUGUCAGUCGGGUCGAACAAUCCUUACAACCUGGAGUUGUCGAACGGGAACUGGCAGGACGUUGCGUGGGAUAUUAGGGAUUAUGUGAUCUAUGCUGCGGGACAGUAUGGGUUGAGGAUCGUCCUGCCUCUCACGGACAACUACAAUUACUACCACGGCGGCAAGUACUCCAUCCUAGGUUUCUCGGGCGCCUCGACAGCCAACAAAGGUGCCGCCUUCUACACCGACUCCAACACGAUCAAUAUCUACAAAGCGUAUAUCCAGAAGUUCCUCCAGCACACGAACGUCUACAACGGGAAGCGCUACGCGGACGAUCCGACCAUUCUCGCCUGGGAGACAGGUAACGAGCUUGGAGGCUACAUGAACGCCGAGAUGUGGCCACCUUCGUCGUGGACUUCGGCGAUCGUGAGCGCUAUCAAGGCGGUGGAUGGGAAUCAUCUGAUCAUUGACGGCACGAACGGCAUCUGGAACUACACGACCGGCGCGACUCCCGCCGGCCUCAACGUCGCAGGCAUAGACAUCGUUUCCGACCACUCAUACCCUCGCAAAACGGAUAUCCUCUCGAAAGAACUUGGGAUCGCUUCGGCGGCCAAGAAGGGUUUCUUGAUCGGCGAAUUCGACUGGACCGCCGCCGGAGGAGGCGUCUCGCUCCCGACCUACAUGAGCGCGAUCGAGCAGAGCGGGUCGUACCUCGGCUCGAUGAUGUGGUCUGUGUUUGGACACGAUGCACAGUGCUGCAACUAUGUCACGCACAACGACGGGUACUCCCUCUACUACCCUCAAGGACCCAACUCCGCCGCAGACCAAUCCAACGCCCUCCUCGUCGUCCAACACUUCUACCGCCUAACCGGCCGCUCGCCUCCCUCAUCCAUGCCGGGCGUUGCAUGCCCUCAACCAGUCUUCUAG